AGAGUUUUUCACCAACUUCCGUCACUUCAGCUGUUCAUACAUAUUUUUGUUUAAACACUUGAGCAUUGAAUUACAUUAACCUCUUUUUCCGAGUCAAUAAUUAUAAUUUGUGAUUCGUUAAAGUGUCAGUCAUCUCAACUCAACCUAGAUCUCAGAAAGAAGACGAUGACAAGAAGCUGGAUUAAUCUUUAAUGGCUGGGGAAAGGCUGAGUGCAGCAGGAUUGAAAGGUUAUCUACUUCCUUCCUUCCGUGUUCAUCCGUGUUCAUUUGAAAGAGGUCAUUCAAUGAGAUAUCAACUGCCUGUUCCCUAAAUUGAUGGAUCUGUUAAACCUAGCAGUGGUAGAAAAAGUCAGAUCUGCUUUAUUAGGACAAGAUCACGUGAUAAAAUAAUUAUUAAAUCUCAACUUGAUCAAUUGUUUGUAUUUAAACAAAAUCACCGUAAGAUCAUUUAUUCGAAGUUACCAUGCAUCACCACAGUGAAGACAAGGAUAUUACCACGCCAUCGUCGUCGGCUGGGGAUGGAACAACGCCUUUUAAAUCACAAUCGUCCAGCAAUGAAAGACGAUUAUCGAAAGAUAAUGGCGAUGACACAUUUGUUUCUGCCAUGGAUUUGAGCAGUGUUUUAAACUCGAGCCAGAUUUCCACUUCUUCUAGUGACUCCAACUCUUCGUCGGCUUCAUGUCAUUACAGCAGCAGCACGUCGACAGAUUGUAGCUCAGCGCUCUCUGCAUCAAUAUCAACUUCAGUAAAUUCAAAGUCAAGUUCGGAAAAAAGUGCCGGCGGAGAAAGUAGUGCAGACAAGAAAAGGAAGCAAAAAUUAAAUGACAAUACUACUGUUGGUUGUGAAGGGAGUCCUGUAUUUGCGACUUGUACCACAUUUUCGUCCUCGUCAUCAACCACGUCAGCCUCCACCGUGCGUAGAUCUGAAAGCUGGGGUGCCUUACGCAGUGCGAGUAUAGAGAGCAGCAAAAGUGGGGGGAGCGACAAGGAAAAUUUUUCUAGCAGUGGGGCAGAUCUUCGAACGAGCGUAAGCAGCAUGAAUGAAUCUCGUCGUCAACAUAAUCAUCAUAAUCCGGAUACGUAUCACACUCCAAGUGCGUCCAUGCACAGCAUUUCACGCAGCCAGAGUAAUUCUUCAGAGUCUCAGCGUGUUGGGGACGAAGCAAAAAGUGGUAGUACCAACAACCUUGCUACCAACAACAAAAUAGGGCACGAUGUUACUUUGGAUUCGUCGACCACUUGUGCCGAUGUGAAGAAAGAUCUUGCCGAACUUGUUAACCGGGUUCCAAACAUCGAGGCGUUGGAAUUUAUAGAGUCCCAGCAACUUAAACCAUCUACAUCUCUUGCCACGACCCUAGGAGAAGAGAUUAAUAAUGGCAAGGCGGAAAAAGAUCGAAGACUCUCCGGAAUCAUUGAGAUUAUGGGAAUUGAUAUGAACGAGCUAGGUUCGUCAGAAUCUAAUGCUUCUAAAGAAGGAAGUAUUGGCGUUGGUCCUACGUCAAAGGAAUUGGCAAAGGCUGCCAAACUAGCUCGGAAACCAGCUAAAAAGCGAAUGUGGUAUCAGCAAAUUUUUAGUGCUUCGUAUAAGAGUCGUAGUGGAGAUUUCAAGAAAUUGUUUAAGGAGUUGCCUAUAAAAGAAAGGUUGCUAGUAGAUUAUUCUUGUGCCCUGCAGAAGGAAAUAUUAGUUCAAGGAAGAAUGUACGUGUCACAGGGUUAUUUAUCUUUCCAUGCGAAUAUCUUUGGAUGGGAGACACAAACUUCAAUUAGACUUCGCGACGUUACUUCUAUAACAAAGGAGAAAACUGCUCUUGUGAUUCCUAAUGCGAUUCAAGUCAUUGUCGAUUGUGGAGAUAAACUAUUUUUUACGAGUUUUGUCACCCGUGACGCAACGUACCUAAUGCUAUUCAAACUUUGGCAAAAUGCUUUGUUAGAAGAUGGAAUGCCUUCCAAAGAAAUUCAACGCCUUAUCCACUCUUCAUAUGGAGAAGAGUUGGUAAUCACCAGCGAUGACGAGAUUGAUGAGAGUUUGAGCUGUAAAUCUAUCGCUGUGGGUGACUUGACGGACAAUCCGUCAAUGGCAGCUGAAUUCGAACAAAGCAAACCUAUUCUAAUCAGCAACGACACAAAGAUCAAUGGGAAUGAAAUGGGCCCUUCAAUAAUUAUCACACACAACUCGAGUCCACCAGUUACUAAAAUUCAUGAGGAGUUUCAUAAUGGCACAUCAAGCGUGGGAAUGGAACCUUCAGAUCUCAGCGAUUCUAGUGAUUCAGACCAAGAGUUCCAAGCUGCGGAAGGAAUGGAAGAGUUGGACUCGAGAGAAAUUCCAGUUUGUCCUGCAUCGCAUACCGAAGGACGUGAAGUAAUUAAUACUGCAAUUUCUUGCAGCAUUGAUCAACUCUUCACCAUGCUCUUCACCAGCUCCAAAUUCUACUUGGAUUUUCAUACUUCCAGAAAAACUUUCAAUAUUCAGCAAGCGCCUUGGGAGUUUGGAAAAGAUAAAAAGAAGACUCGACAAGUCUCAAUGACGGUAUCCUUGAAUGCAGUGAUGGGGCCAAAGCAUUCACAAAUAACAGAGACCCAAGUCAUGGACACGGUCAGCAAACCUGGAUUAUUUUAUGGCAUUGACUGCGAGUCUGUCAAUGCAGGGGUUCCUUACGCCGACACGUUUUAUGUAACUGUGCAUUUCUGUCUCUCUCGAAUAUCUGCGACAGAGACGAGAUUUGUGGCAGUUGCAGACAUCAAGUAUAGAAAAUCAGUUUGGGGGAUUACAAAAUCCAUCAUCGAAAAAAAUGCUUGGGCUGGACUGGAAGAAUUUUAUUCUCACAUGGAACGAGCUUUGAAAGAAGAAUGCACCAAAAUGACUUUAGGGGGAUCUCCAAUCCCAUCGCCAAAACAUGAAGCUUCUCUCACAAGAAGAAGACCUCCUAGAAAUAAGGGGAGAGCGCCCCCCGUUCCUAUAGGGGUCACUCCAUCUAACAAAAUAGGGGGAGGAGGAGGAGGAAUGGUCACCAAUGAGGCACCUGACGCUACUGUACGAGAAUCAACCUCGGUAGCCACGACGCUUCCCUUUGCCAGCGAUAGUUCUUUAGUCCUCAAGAUAAUUGUGUGCAUCUUAAGUGCGUUACUGCUGUUGAAUGCGUUUCUAUAUUUUAAACUCAACCACUUGGAGAGUUCUACAACUAUGUCUUCAUUAUUUCCUCCUCCUUCCUUUACACUCCCUGGCGAGAUGCCACAAAAUCAUCAAGAUUGGUUGCUACUUUUGCAAAAACAGGAAGCUCUACACCGCAUCGAGCUACAAAAGUGGCAUGAAAUAUUAAUGUCAGCUUUGAAAAUUUUACACCAGGCGGAGUCUGAUUUGGAAGCUUUGAAAUUCCACAUCAGUUCUUAUUCUGGGGGAAAGUAUUCUGUUGAAAUGACAAAACCAGAAGAUCCUACUAGCAGUCAUAUCAACAUAAAAUCAUCAGACAAAUCUGCCAUGACUGGAAGUGAUGAUACAAAAACUGGAGAAUACUUUACAAAAACUUUUCAAGAAGAUAUCAGAGCAGCUGAGCUAUAAAAAUUGAUGUGAAAAGUACUACAUAUUAAGUACAUACGAUACACCUGCAUACUACUACUACGACACACAAAUGACGCAACGAAAUUCCCUUAACUAGAGAAAUUAUGCAUUAUUAUUCAGGCAUGACAUUAUUUUAUGGACAAGUGAAAGUAGCUUUUAUAUGAGUAGGAAUAUAACGUACAACGGUUUAGAGGUAUUUGGAAACGUUGGGUACUUUUUGAUAGGAAACCCGUCUGUGAUUAUGUAUGGUGGCUGGAGAGUAUAGUUUAUGGCUUAUUAUACUGGGUAGCCAAACAAAGUGCAAUAAUAAUAUGAUAGAAUCUAAGUCGGAGGGUAUAAGUCUAAUUAAAACGUACUUAUUCUUAGUGAUAAAAAGUUUUAGUCAUUUUCUGCAGGUGCCCUUACAAUUAUGUUAUUGAAAUAAAAAUGUCUUGCACAAAGUUUAAAAGUAUUCCUUCCUACUCUAAGAAACGAAUAAAGAAUUUACCAAAAUA